AUGCCGGAGGUGCGAUGUAGGUGUGAAUAUUUGGCUCCAAUGAAGAUGUCUUGGAGUUAUGUUAACCCAGGAAAGAGAUAUAGGGGAAAUGGAAGUUGCCGGUAUUUUGAAUGGAUGGACUAUGAUGUCUCCGAAUGUGUAUCCAAUAUGAUUAGAGGUUUGUUGAAGAUGGCAGAUAAGUAUGAGAAGGAAAUAGACAAGCUGCAAUUUACAAUUGAGAAAAAAAGAUAUAAAAUUAAUAAGAAGAUUUGGGAGUCCAAUAUGAAGUUUUUGUAUGGAUUUGGAAGUGGUGUUGUAUUUGCAGUUUUUGUUAUGAGUAUAUGGAUGAGGAGUGGUUUACCAAGUGUAGGGUUAUUGCAGCUAAAGUAG